AUACCUGUCAGCUGUCAACUUUUUACAUUCUGCCAUUCGGACCGAUAGCAAUCGUUCUGCGCCAGAAAAUCGUCUAUUUUUCUGCCUCGCCGCAAAUUUUGAUCCCGCAGAAUCCGAAAUGGCUGAUCUAGGCGCCCCAGUUCGCGUAUCCCCGCUGAUCCGGUUCGGCCGUUGGUCCUUCCUGGUUGUCGGUGUAGCAUACGGUGCUUACCAUCAGCAGCGUCUGGCCAAGCGUGAGGUUGGAAUUCGUGAGAUCGAGGCACAACAGAAGGUUAUUCGUGACGCUAAACUGGCCGAAGAGAAGAAGCGAAACCAGGAAGCCGAAGCUAAGGCCAUCGCUGAGCUGUCUACACCCUCCAAGAAGUGAACACAGCGAAAGGAUGAAUCCUCUUCCGUUCUAGGACACGGACCAUCUUGUGUCUUGUAAAUGCUGCAGUACUGGAUGAUGAAUAAAUUCUUUCAUAGGAAGUAAAAUAA